GAAGGUUCUAAAAUACUGAAAGACAAAGAAAUGGAAAAAGAAAAGAAAAAAGAAUUUGGUAUUGAUGAGAAAAAGAACAGCGAAUUAUUGAAGCCAGAACCAAAAUUAUCUAUGGAAAAAGAUGAUAAUGUUAUGGAAAAUGGUGUUGAACUAAAAGAGCAGGAUGAUAUGCUAAAAGCUGUAGAAAUGGUUAAUAAGGAAAAAUCAGUAGAUACUAUGAGUCUUGAGAGUGGGAAGAAAAAAGUAACUGAUAGUAAAAUAGCAACUAAAGCAAUUGGAAAAGACAUGGAUGUUCAACUUGAAAUGAAACAAAGCGAAGCGGGUAAGAAGGAAAAUGAGUUUGUCCAUAUUCUUCAAGCAGACAAGUCACUGAAUACACCGAAGGAAUCUGAGAUUAAAAUAGUUAAAGUAGAGAUGAAAGAAAAUGAAAUGUUUCCAGGAAUUGUAGAAGAGAAAAUGGAAAUUGGUGAAGGAAAAGACUCGAAAAUGUCGGAACUCGAACUUUCAAUGAGAAUGAAAGGAGAUGCGGCCAUUGAAGGCGUGAUAGGUGAAAGUAAAAGUGAUUCAUCUAAGGACAUGUUAGACAGAAAGAAUAUGAAAGAACUAGUAAAAGACACUUUGUUGGUAGGUACCUCGAUUACAGUAUUGAAUGAAGAGAAGAUGAAAGAAGACAAAAUAAAAAUGACUAAUGAUAUGACUUCAAAUACUGAAAUGAAAAUGAUCGGACAAGAAAAGAAUAAGGGUGAAAUGACAGAACGCAAUGAAGAAAAGAUGAAAGAAGAUAAAAUGAAUAUGAAUGAUGAUAUGGCUUCAAAUACUGAAAUGAAAAUGAUCGGACAAGAAAAGAAUAAAAUGCUUAAAGGUGAAAUGACAGAACUGAAAGAAAAAGAGAUGAAAGAAGAUAAAAUGAAUAUGAAUGAUGAUAUGGCUUCAAAUACUGAAAUGAAAAUGAUCGGAAAAGAAAAGAAUAAAAUGCUUAAAGGUGAAAUGAGCGUAGAAGCUGAGUUAGAAAUGAGUGGGGAAAAGAAGAAACUGGAAAUGAAUGAAAAUUUCAAAGAAUCAGGGAAAAGGGAUAUGCAAUUAGAUAAACCUGGAGUGGAGAUGGAAAGAGGAGUCUUUUUUCAAGAUUCAGUUGAGGAUCGACUUCCUAUUGAACCUUUUAUCAUAAAAAUGAGCGAUGAAGAAAGGAAAAAAUGGGAAAAAGCUGAAGUAAUUGACGAAUCUACAGCAAGCAAAGAGAUAUUUCACAAAAACUUGGAUGAAGAGUCCUCUGAAUUUAUAGAGAAAAGAUUGAAACCUGACAAAGAAAUUAUUGUUCCUACAAAAACGGGCAGUGAGGAAAAUGAAAAGGACAGCUUAGAACCAAAGCAAGAUAUGAGGCCGACGAUCAUCGUCGCUGAUGUUGAAAAGAAAAAUGUAGAAAAUGGAAUGGCAAUGCUAGCAAGUACAAAUAAACAAAAGGACAUCAGCUCUGCAGAGGGAGUUAUGUUUUUAGAUGAAAAAAAGAAAAUGACAGACAAAAGUGAAGUACAUCAAAUGUCCAAAAGUAAAAUUUUGAAAAAGAAGAAGAAAUGCAAAUGCGAAGACAGCGAAUCUGACAGUGAGGAAGAUUGAUCACUAUCAAGCACUUUUCAAAAUCAUCAGUAGAAGUGGAAGUAACGAAAGUGUGUACAGACUUCCAAUCCAGUAAUCAAUGCCGACAAUGAGAACUUUUUCAUUGCAAAGCAAACGUGAUAUCCAAAAUUAUUUGACAUGC